AUGGACUAUGGACUUAUUGCCAAACCCUUAUACGAGGCACAGAAGAAUAAGACCUUGGUGUGGGAAAGACCACAACAAGAAGCUUUUCAAAAACUGAAACAGGCUUUAAUGCAAGCACCUGCUUUGGGCCUACCUGAUCUGAGUAAAGACUUCCAGUUAUUUGUACAUGAACGACAGAGACUUGCUCUAGGGGUAUUAACCCAACGGCUGGGAUCUUGGAAAAGGCCCGUAGGUUAUUUCUCUAAACAACUUGACCCGGUAAGUGCUGGAUGGCCGGUGUGCUUGCGGGCGGUGGCUGCUACCGUGAUAUUAAUUCAGGAAGUCCGGAAACUGACUAUGGGGAAAAAGAUCGAAGUGUUUGUAUCCCAUAUGGUGACUACUGUAUUGGAACAAAAGGGGGGCCAUUGGCUUUCCCCAAGUAGGAUGAUGAAAUAUCAGGCAAUUUUAACAGAGCAGGAUGAUGAUAUCCUAAAAACAACUAACCUAAUGAAUCCAGCUGUGUUUUUAAGCGCAGAGACUGAAGAAGAAAAUCUGGAACAUGAUUGUGUGGAGGUCAUUGAAUAUACCCACGCAAGUCAACCUGACCUGAAAGAUACCCCAUUGGAGAAGACGGAUUGGGAGCUUUUUACUGAUGGCAGUAGUUUUGUGGAAAGCGGAGUGCGGUAUGCAGGAUACGCGAUUACUACUGCCAAAACAGUAAUUGAAGCUAAAUCCCUACCACCAAACACAACAGCACAGAAAGCUGAGUUGAUAGCCCUAACUAGGGCAUUAGAGCUCAGUGAGGACAAAAGGGUCAAUAUUUGGACUGACUCAAAAUAUGCAUUCGGGGUUGUUCAUGUACAUGGAGCUCUUUGGAAAGAGCAUGGACUACUCUCCUCCCAAGGAACAAACAUCAAGUACCAAAAAGAAAUAUUGAACUUGAUUAAUGCCGUUCAAAAGCCAUCACGCACUGUAAAGCUCAUCAGAGUGGGACAUCGAAAAUUAUUGAAGGAAAUCGACUUGCUGAUCAGACAGCCCGAUCAGUGGCACGACGAGUCUGGAUGA